AUGGUCGAAUGCCUCCCCUUACUAGAAGAUGUUACUGAUGACAUGGACAAACGACGAUGUCCAGCAGGUAAAGAAAAGGGAUCAAAGAAGGUAAACAAUUCUUCAAUCAAAAAUGUCAAAAGCAAGGAAGAUAAUGAGAGAACAGCAAAGGAACCAAACGAUCAAGAUAAUGAGAGAACAGCAAAGGAGCCAAACGAUCUCAAAAGAGCUCCAGCUAAGGGAGAGCAGAGUAAAGCGCCAAAAAACAACUCCAAAUCUGCAGGUUUGAGCCCACCAAGAAGUGCCGAAGUAAUUGAAAAAGAUUCUGUAAAUAAACUUACAAAAGGGAAUCUCUCAGUAAAGAGCUUGGCAAGCGCUAACGGGAUUUUUGAUAAAACACAAUGGGAACGGACCCGAUUCGCCAAAGAGGCCAAAGGUCUCGCUGGUAAAUCGGCGGAAGCUGCCGAAAAAGGUUGUAAGGAAAAAGUUGAAGUAGAGGAACCAAAAGAGACGAAAAUGUUGGGAGAAGCAAGGCAAGUGGCAUCUGUAAAAGGAGAAUAUCUCAACGAUAGACCAAAGUUUAUUGUAAUCCUGCUAACAGUUGAAGCCAUAUGGUGUGCUGCAGCAACCCUCGUAUGGGGUGCAGCCGCGGAUAAUCCCGUUAUGCCACAAAUUUUAGCUAUAUUCAACAUGCUCGCUAUAUUUCUACUCGUCUUGACAUGCCUAAGUGCAGAGUAUUGCCGAUACCACGUAAGAAGAGAGGACACAAAAUCAGAAACAAGAUAUUUCAUACCCUACUCGUGGAGAUAUAUGAUAUGUGAAUUUCAUAUCGCAAGAGCUAUUCUCCUCUGCGCCAACAUCACCAUAAUGGCGUUCGACAACGACUUCGACAUAGGCUCUGUUAUUGUCCUCGCUCUUACACCCCUUCAGCUCAUUAUAGCUUCUAUACAUAUCUUCAUAGCAUUUAAAAAGAAGCGCCAAUGA